GCUUCCCCCCCCCCCCCCCCCCCCGCCCCCUUCCCCACCGCCGCCUCCAUGGAGCGCCGGCCGCGCCGCCUCUGAUGCCCGGCCCGGCGCGCACCAUGGGGCCGCUGUGGCUCUGCUGCCUGCCCCUCGCCCUGCUGCCGCUGCUCGCCGCCGUGGAAGAGACGCUGAUGGACUCCACAACAGCGACGGCGGAGCUGGGCUGGACGGUGCAUCCUCCGUCAGGGUGGGAAGAGGUGAGCGGGUACGACGAGAACAUGAACACAAUUCGCACCUACCAGGUGUGCAACGUCUUUGAAUCCAGCCAGAACAACUGGCUCCGUACCAAGUACAUCCGGAGGCGAGGAGCACACCGCAUCCACGUGGAGAUGAAAUUUUCCGUCCGGGACUGCAGCAGCAUCCCUAACGUCCCAGGCUCCUGUAAGGAGACUUUUAACCUCUACUACUUCGAGUCGGACUUUGACUCAGCCACCAAGACUUUUCCUAACUGGAUGGAGAAUCCUUGGAUGAAAGUGGACACAAUCGCUGCCGAUGAGAGCUUCUCGCAGGUGGACCUAGGUGGGCGGGUGAUGAAGAUUAACACCGAGGUGCGCAGUUUUGGGCCUGUCUCCAAGAACGGUUUCUACCUGGCCUUCCAGGACUAUGGGGGCUGCAUGUCCUUGAUUGCCGUCCGUGUCUUCUACCGCAAGUGUCCUCGUGUGAUCCAGAAUGGGGCCGUCUUCCAGGAGACCCUCUCAGGAGCGGAGAGCACCUCGCUGGUGGCAGCCCGGGGGACGUGCAUCGCCAACGCGGAGGAGGUGGAUGUGCCCAUCAAGCUGUACUGCAACGGUGAUGGCGAGUGGCUGGUGCCCAUCGGCCGCUGCAUGUGCCGGGCAGGCUACGAGUCAGUGGAAAAUGGGACUGUUUGCAGAGGCUGCCCAUCGGGGACGUUUAAGGCCAGCCAAGGCGAUGAAGGAUGCGUCCAUUGCCCCAUUAACAGCCGGACAACUUCAGAGGGGGCCACGAACUGCGUGUGCCGAAAUGGAUAUUACCGGGCAGAUGCCGAUCCUAUCGACAUGCCGUGCACCACUAUCCCAUCUGCCCCCCAGGCCGUCAUCUCCAGUGUGAACGAGACAUCUCUGAUGCUGGAGUGGACCCCACCACGAGACUCGGGGGGCCGGGAGGACCUGGUCUACAACAUCAUCUGCAAGAGCUGCGGCUCUGGCCGUGGGGCAUGCACGCGCUGUGGGGACAACGUGCAGUUCGCCCCACGCCAGCUGGGCCUCACGGAGCCCCGCAUCUACAUCAGUGACCUGCUGGCCCAUACCCAGUACACCUUCGAGAUCCAGGCAGUGAAUGGCGUCACCGACCAGAGCCCCUUCUCCCCGCAGUUUGCAUCAGUGAACAUCACCACCAACCAGGCUGCUCCUUCAGCUGUGUCCAUCAUGCACCAGGUCAGCCGCACCGUGGACAGCAUUACCCUCUCAUGGUCUCAGCCUGACCAACCCAAUGGAGUCAUCCUGGAUUAUGAGCUGCAAUAUUAUGAGAAGGAUCUGAGCGAGUUAAACUCAACAACAGUGAAGAGCCCCACCAACACUGUGGCAGUGCAAAACCUCAAAGCUGGCACCAUCUACGUCUUCCAAGUGCGGGCACGUACUGUGGCUGGGUAUGGCCGGUAUAGUGGCAAGAUGUAUUUCCAGACUAUGACUGAAGCUGAAUACCAGACCAGUGUUCAGGAGAAACUGCCACUCAUCAUCGGCUCCUCUGCGGCAGGACUGGUGUUCCUCAUUGCUGUGGUCGUCAUCAUUAUUGUAUGCAACAGAAGACGGGGCUUUGAGCGUGCAGACUCUGAGUACACCGACAAGCUGCAGCACUAUACCAGUGGCCACAGUACGUACUGCGGCCCCCCGCCAGGCCUGGGGGUCCGUUCUCUCUUCGUGACUCCAGGGAUGAAGAUUUAUAUCGAUCCGUUCACCUAUGAAGAUCCCAAUGAGGCCGUCAGGGAAUUUGCAAAAGAAAUCGAUAUCUCUUGUGUCAAAAUUGAGCAGGUGAUUGGGGCAGGGGAGUUUGGUGAGGUGUGCAGUGGGCAUCUCAAGCUUCCUGGUAAAAGAGAGAUCUUUGUGGCCAUCAAGACCCUGAAGUCUGGUUACACAGAGAAGCAGAGACGGGACUUCUUGAGCGAAGCCAGCAUCAUGGGGCAGUUUGACCACCCCAAUGUCAUCCACCUGGAGGGAGUAGUGACCAAGAGCUCCCCGGUCAUGAUCAUUACUGAGUUCAUGGAGAACGGCUCACUGGACUCCUUCUUACGGCAAAACGAUGGGCAGUUCACAGUGAUCCAGCUGGUGGGCAUGCUGCGGGGCAUCGCCGCAGGCAUGAAGUACCUGGCCGAUAUGAACUACGUGCACCGGGACCUGGCUGCCCGCAACAUCCUGGUGAACAGCAACCUGGUCUGCAAAGUGUCUGACUUUGGGCUCUCUCGGUUUCUGGAGGAUGACACCUCUGAUCCUACCUACACCAGUGCACUGGGUGGGAAGAUCCCAAUACGAUGGACAGCACCUGAGGCAAUUCAGUACCGAAAAUUCACCUCGGCCAGCGAUGUGUGGAGCUAUGGAAUAGUCAUGUGGGAGGUGAUGUCGUAUGGCGAGCGGCCUUACUGGGAUAUGACCAAUCAAGAUGUGAGUUGUUAAGAAACAAGGAGCAGA